AUGAGCGGCGGCGGCGGGAGGGCGGGCGUGAAGAUGGAGGCGCCCUUCUACCCCGAGGAGGGGCUGGAGCUGCUGCCCGACUUCGUGCCGCUGCACGGCUUCGGCGCCGGCGGCCCGGGCGCGGAGGCGGCGGCCGCGCACAAGCUGCUGCUGGGCGCUGGGAAGAAGCGGGACCUGGCUGCCGCCUCCCCCGCGCCGCUGCCGGGGCCCUUCGCGCUGCGGCCGGCCGGGGCCGGGGUCGGAGCCCGCUCCGCCGCUGCCCUGCGCCUGCUCCCCGCCGCCGCCCCCCCGCCGGGCGCGGGGCCCCGGGGCGGCCCGGAGGCGGCGCUGGUGGCGCCGGGCGCCCCGGCCGAGCUGCCCCUGCUCAAGCUGCCGCCCGCCGCCGACCUGGAGCAGCUGCUGAUCCAAGGCGCCGGCCCCGCCAGCCCCGGCCCCACCGCCGCCGCCGCGGGGCCCUUCCUGUACCGGCAGCAGGUGACGCAGGAGCAGGAGGGCUUCGUGGACGGGUUCGUGAAGGCGCUGGCCGACCUGCACAAGCAGAACCAACUGCUGGGCGCGCCGCUGUCGCCGCCCGGGCCCUGCUGCGCCGCGCGGCCCGCGCCGCCUCCCCCCGCCGCCGCCGCCGCCGACCCGCCCGCCGUCUACACCAACCUCGGCAGCUACAACCCCGCCGGGCCGCUCAGCCCCUCAGGCGGCUCCUACCCGCCCGCGCCGCCCGGCCUGCCCUUCUCGCCGGCGCUGGCCGGGGCCGGGAGGCUGCCGGCGCGGGCCCCGGAGGAGCCGCAGACCGUGCCUGAGGUGCAGGCGCCGCCGGCCGAGGCGGGGGGCGCGGGGACGCCGCCGCCACUGUCGCCGCUGGACGCCGAGAGCCAGGAGCGGCUGAAGGCGGAGCGCAAGCGGCUGCGGAACCGCAUCGCGGCCUCCAAGUGCCGGCGCCGCAAGCUGGAGCGCAUCGCGCGGCUGGAGGAGAAGGUGAAGGCGCUGAAGGGGCAGAACGCGGAGCUGGCCGCCACCGCCAGCCUCCUGCGCGCCCAGGUCAGCCAGCUGCAGGGCCGCGUCCGCAGCCACCUCUCCAGCGGCUGCCACAUCAACGCCUCCGCCUCAGCGCCUCCCGCCGAGGGCCCCGCCGAGCCCGCCGCCGCCGCCGCGCCCGAGACCAGCGCCUGCUGAGGGGCCCGAGCCAGGACGAGAAAGACCCGGCCCGGCCCGGCUGCCCACAGCAGCGGGAGCCCCCCGGGGAGAGCUGUCCGCUCCUCGCCCCACGCCUUUCGGGGCGCGGGGAGGCCCUGGGCGCAGAGGUUAGGAGGGGCUGUUGACAAAAGAGCUGUUCGGGACCUAGGCUGAAGGUUGCUGCUUAUUUAUUGAUGCCUGGAAAGGAAGGACGCUGGGCUCUAGACGUCUUGUUAAGACAACCAACCUGUGAAAUAUUGAUUUGAAUAUGGAGAAUGUCUGUCACAUCUAGAAGUCAAAAAAUGGCUGUGGAAUUCAAGGUUGGUGUCUCUUACCUUGCUCAUACUUUUGAAUUGAGUCGUAAAUCCUUCUCUUUCCCUUAACUGGAGUGUGUUUUAUAUAAUCCUUUAUAUAAUGUUUCACAAUCUUUCUGCUGAGCUUCCUACCUUCAACAUCAGUGAGGUAGGUAAUGUUAAGCAUUAUCUUGCAAUGGCCAGAAGCUGCAGCAGAGGAAAUUUCAGUUGGAGAUUAGGAGGAACUUUCUGACCAUGAGGUUAGUCAAGUAUUGCAACAGGCUAUCUAGAGAAGUAGUGAAAUAUCCAUUCCUGGAUGUUUUCAAGAGCAGUUUGGAGAGACACUUGGCUGGGAUGGUUUAGUCAGGGAUGAUCCUGGCUUGAGCAGGGGCUGGACUAGAUGACUUCAUGAGGUCCCUUCCAGGCAUAUUUUCCAGUAAACCCAUGAUCUCUCUUACAAAUAAGAAGAACCAAAGCUAGAAAGCAUUAACAGGUAGGCUUAAUGCUAGAACUCAUUUUCUAUCUGGAUGCCAAAACAAAGUGGCCUGAUUUCUAAAAGUUCAGCAACCAGCAGCAGUAGUGCAACUGGGGCACCAUCCCCAGGCACUGACUUAGAGAGUGCACUAUAAUGAAGGCCUCCUGGGAAAUCUGUGGGUGUAGGAUACCCUCAUGCCCUCCUAGUGCAGCUGCCACUUCUCUUGCUGUGGAAUUCCCUUACCACCAGCACUAGCAGUGGGGUAAGUGGUGGCCGCAGUAGGGAGCUGUGUGAGUGCCUACCAAGUUUGGGAAAUGCUGUCCUACGGCACAAGCUUUACUAGUAAUGCCUCUGACCAGUAACUGGAACUUGGCAGAAUGGUAUAAAAUCAUAUUUUUUCCUUUACCAUUGGCUUGGCCUGAGACCCAUCAUAGGCAAUGCCAGUCCUGGACCAGAGAGGUCUGUUUACUUGUAUAUAAUUUUGCAGCCCUACAGGUUGACAAGUGGGAGCUUUACAUCAUUUUUAUAAAGGGGAGAUUUGCAGCUGCCUAAUGGGGAACAUAGCACUUCUAUGGAUGUUUGGAAGCCAGGAGGAUUGAACCAACCUUAAGAUUGUGUGAUGUAUCUAGAUACAGAAAAGCCAUUGUAAACUGUUCAAAAUAUUAUGCAUCACAGUGAGCAUUCUCUAAGGGUACCUGAACAUGUUGGAGCAAACUUGUAUGUUCAGCAUCACACAUUUCAAAAUGGUGGGGGUGUUUUAAAACUUGUUGAACGAGCUUUAGUUAAAGCACCCCGCAGCCAUUUUGGAACGCUGAAUACAAGUGAUAUUGAGGCAUUUUAAUUAAAGUGGCUGUCCAGGAGCCAGUCUAAUUAAAUUACCCCCCACCCUGGGGCACAUGUAUAGAUGCCAAUUGAAACCUGGCUUUACAGGUAGAAGGAUAUAGGAAAAUUCCUGACUUUUCUGUGAAGUACCUUCAGCUUUUUUUUUCUAUGACCAGAUAUAUUGGGGAAUAUUUAAUGUGAAAUGUGGUAAUAUAAUUGGGCGGAUAUGAAUAAUCCAAUAAGUCGAUUUAAAUUUUCCUUGCUAACACUUCUCUCCUUUUACACCUGCGUGGGGUUCUUGAUGGAAAAAUGGACAUGGCAGACUUCGAAACGAUGAUGUAGAUUUUUCCUGCAGCUUUUUGUAAAUAUCCUUUGCAAGAGGAAGAUGAUUUCUUAACUGGUGGAUAGGAACAACUACAAUAAGGUUUAAACACAGUUUCACUGUAGAGCAUCAAGAAGCAGCAUGACCACAAGCAAUCUAGAUCUUUGAUUUCCAUGUGUGCAAGAUGGUACUUCACAGUACUUUCUCAUUCCCCAACAGUGUUUUAGACCAGUGCUACCUCAAGAGUUUUGUCAGUCACCGACUUGUCAUUGCAACUUCCUAUAGGACUUGGAAAUUCUACAGGACUCCUGGUUUUGAGAUCCCGUGACAGGCCUGUAUGUCUGUGAUAAGCAACAUGGGUUCCCCACAUUCCAGAAAGCUGAAUGAGUAUGUAUCAUAAUACGUUUUAUUAUUAUUAUUGAAGAGGGAAUAGUUCUGUAAAUUAACAAGCUUGAAAUAGUCUCUUCAGCUGAAUUUACACCUUUCUAGGUUUUCCCCAGAUAAAUUUGAUGCUCCCCCUUCCAUAUUUGAACAUCAGCUUUAAGAGUAUUUUAGUCAAGAGAUUGCUUGUUUCCUUAUUUAAGUAUUUUUCUAUACUACUUAUUUCUGGGAAUUCUGCCCCUCCCUGUUGUGUUUGAUGACUGGUAAUUUCAUAAACUCUUUUGAUUCAUUUGACACGAUGGUAACCAUCACAUCACAAUGUAAUUAGGCAGUGUCUGAAUCUGAAUGCAAAACUGAUGAGGUAGAAUUCUGCUCUCUAAUAAAAGUCAAACCUUCCCUUGGGAUUAACUCUGGAAGGCAACUACACCCUGACUUUAAGGAAGCUCUCUAAUUUCAAGACUUUCCUGUGUGUUAUUCCUUAACAUCUAGUUGAGCAUUGGAUGUAGCCGGAAACAAGUUUUUGCUGGUCCCUUGAGGGUUCCUUUGUAUUUAAAAGAUUAGAUAUUGGGACUUACUUAACAGCUGCUCCUUAGCAAGCUACACCCCAGAGUUGUUUUUAUUAGUUGUAAAGUACUAAAUGCUACAUUACUAAAGUACUAAAUGCUACAUACUCUAAAUGCUACAAAAGCAUUUAGAGUUACUCUACAAAAGCAUUUAGAGUUACUCUAACCUGGGAACAACCAGUUAAAACAAAUUUGCCUAUUGAGUUCUGGAUGUUCCCUAAAGUGGCUUUACCACUGUGGCUUUUUUAAACAACUUGGGGUGGGGGAAGAGGAAUAACCAAGUUAGUUUUUAAAUGUUGCAAUACUGUAUUGUGAAAUUACUGGCUUUCACAUGUCCUAACUGAAAAUGAUCAGGCAGCAGCAUUCUGUGACUUGUACUUGGUAUACACAGGAGGUUUACUUAGGAAAGGGAUCCAUUAGCUUUGCAAGGCCAGAAGGGCAUGGGAAGAAUAAUUCAAUACAAAGUGGUUUUAGGGAUUGCUCUGGGAUAAGUGUCCCUGUGUGUUGUCUUGGAUCCACUUCUACAUGAGCUUUCUGAAUCGUGGAAGCCCUAAAGCUGGAGGGUUAAUUAAACUCUGUACAGAUUAAUCAGGAGACCCCACGACGUGAUAUCAAACUAUGUUCAAUUGGUGAUAUAAGAAGUUCCUCCACCUCUCCUGUAGUGUAGACAGGCAAGUAGUUAUUGAGAAUUCUUUUCUGCUGGGCUCUGUUCAUGUAAGGUCAGCUGUCAAGGGCUUUCUGAAAUUUCUUCCUAGGCUGAACAAUUUCCCAAUAUGAGGAUGCCAGGAAUUCACUGACUGUCGUAUACCUGGUAGGCAUUACUGUAGCCCUUACUCUAGGUGGAGCCUGUUUGGUGACUCCUGUAAAGAGGGGUCAGUGUUUGGGCAAGCCCAUACUGGUAAUUAUGAAAACUAGUCAUUAUACAGCAUUUUCUAAGCAAGAAAGAGUUUAACUAGUCUGGUUGCACAUGGUCUGCAGAAUGUCACAGCCUUUGUAAGCCAGCACUGCAGAAGUGAUGGGGUUGGAUAGAACAUUUAAAAUUGUUUUUUGGUUUUUUUUUUAUUGCACAAGGUUUCUUACUUUGUAAAACUGUAAGCUUUUCAAGUUGUGAGCCUGGAGUCCUGUUAAUUGCCACUGGAGUCUAGGGUUCCUACCCUCCCCGCCCCUAGAAAACAAUGUCACUUUACUCCAGAACAGAUGGACAGUAAGACUCUCAUUCUCCAGAGUAAGAAGCAUCUCCUCUGCCUCCCACUUAGCAAGGCUGCUGACUACUAUGAACUAUGAUUUUGUUCAAAAGCUAGAGUAUCCAAAAAAUCUUUCAUUCUCAAAAUAAGCUCAUAUAUAAAUGUAGACUGCAAGCUUCUAUUUUUGCAGAGGUUUCAGACACAUAAUGGGAACAGCUCUCUCUCUCUAAAUGUGUGCGUUCAAAAUAAAUUGUAGGGAAGAGGAUCUAGUAAUCUUUGGCAAGUCAAGUUCUGCUUUGUUACUAGGACAGUGUAAACAGAACUGAUGGGUGGUGGCUUAUUUCUAUGCUUCUCUCCAUUCUUUCAAGUUUCAUAUGUAUUGUACCUUCCUAUUUUUUUGCAUUAUUAAAUUAUUGACCAGUAUAGAAAUGGCUUCACAAACAAUUCCUAGACCUUCCUAUCAGGAGGGAUUUUGUUAUUCAAGCAAAUAAAGUUGAGAUCUUUUUAACAACAUAAGUUUGUAAUUUGCGUGGUUUUAGAUAUACUCAAGGGUUCCCAGUUCUUUUUGAGUAUUUUGGAAUUCUGAUGUACAAAUAACUUCUGUUCAGGCAAUGUUCUUGUACAUGGACCAAGCUAAUUGCUGAACUGACUUUGAGUCAUCUGAUUCUCCAUUUUUGUUCAGGGCAGAUUUCCAUUCCCACCCCCUCUUUACUCCUCCCUGCCCCUGACAAUAUUUGGCUGAUCUCUACCAUGGUAAAAUUCAAUACUUAAAUGAAUGGAAGCUACAGGACUUAAUAACAUUCAACUGAGGAUUGUCUGUUGGACUUUUUUUCAUAUUACUAUUGCAGACUAAGUACUAUUAGAAUCAAAAUAUUUACUAUUCAAAGUGGAAAAUAUUGGUUGAUAAUUUGCACUUGAUUAAAUGUAAAAGUUUAUCUUAAUUUAGUGCUAUGUGUAGAAGCAUACUGUACCUUUUUGAGUUGACUGUAGUGAUAAAUUCAUGUUUACAAGGAUAUUCCUGGUUUCUACUGAUCAGUGGUAGCCUACUUGCUUUAAAAAAUGAAAUUAAUACUGCCAUCAGCAAUCUUGGAAUACUUUUCUCAGUCCUACUGCCACUUGAGACCUAUGGGAAAUUUAUCAUGGACUUGAAGGGAAGCAGGACUGGAUUUAACGCCUUUGUUUUAAGCACUUGUGACUAAAAGGCGACUUGCCUUGUGCUUUGUCAUGUGCUUCUGUGUAUUACAGAAUUUAGAAAUCUGCUCAUUAUCAGUUCGUAACACUAGGACUUGUACUGAGAUUCCUUUUUAAAAAAACCUGGAGGUUUAGAUGUUUUGGAAUGUAUAACAUUCAUCCUCGUGCUGGAAUUGUUUACAUGCAAAAAAAUUACAUAUUUAUGAUUUUUGCUAUCUACAAUGUGCAAUUUUGUACACGUGUUUUAAACUAAAAGAAAAGUUUAUAAGGAAGAUAUUGUAUGUAAAGUAAUUGGCCCUGGGUAUUAUUUCUUUGAUAUAAAUAUCUGAAAGAAUAAAAUUGCUUUAUAUUCAUA